UGGACUGAGUGACAUAACUGCAGUCAGCAGCUUUAUUCACCUACGUUUUCUGGAUGUUUCUAACAACCACCUUACUGAUCUUUCUCCUCUGGCCUCUCUGACCCAGCUGCUCUGGCUGAAGGUUGACUGCAAUGCUGUGGCAUGUUUCAAAGGGCAACCUUUCACUCAGUUGACCUACCUACAGUGGCUGAGCAUGGCAUCGAACCGGCUAACUGACCUGGAUGGCCUGGUCGGGCCUGCCUUGGAGAGCCUAAAUCUUACAGGUAAUGGUUUAAAGACAGUGAAUGGUCUUCAGGGUGGCUGUUUUGCCAACCUGGUGACACUAGAGCUGAGGGGAAACCACUUGGAUUCCAUUGAUGGCAUCAACCUUCCAAACCUGCGGCAAUUAUAUCUGGCCCAAAACGUUAUCAAACACCUGAAGGGUUUAGAGAGGUUAGAGCACCUCACCACUUUUCACCUUCGAGACAACCAGCUCGAUACUCUGGAAGGCCUCAGCCCCAACAUGAAGUGUCUCCAAUACCUCAAUGUCAGAGGCAACGCCAUUUUAUACGAGAAUGCCCUGAAAUGCCUCGGGCUUGUGUCAAAAACUCUGCGAGCUUUGGUCCUCUCCGAGAAUCCUCUGGUGGAAACGAACGACUACCGGCUGAGUGUACUAGUUCUCCUGCCCAAUCUGGAGCGACUUGACAAAGAUCUUGUCUCCCCUGAGGAACGGACUGAGGCACUGGAGAGAAUCAAGGAACUUAAAGAAGAGGAAAUAUCUCUGCCAUAAGAUUUGUAAUGAUGGCCAAUACGAGGAAGUGUUUGGCUUCCUUGAAAACGGGUUUGGUGUGUCUAGGCGGGUGAAUGUUACAGUGUUGAAUGAAAUGUAUUGUAUACCUUUUUGCCUAUAGAGUGUCUUGUAUGACGUGUAUCAUCCGUAAAUGUGUAAAUUUGUGUUGCUUGUGUCAUGUUCUUACACUAUUAAAGCCAAUCUAUUUUUUUCGACAAUAAAAGUUUUGAAAAUGUUUAUUUCUGAGAGGCUUACAUGUACAAAUGCAGACAAUCAGCUGGAGCAACAAAGCAAUGUGUCAGUGACUAAGGAAUAAGAAAUGAGGGAGUAUUUGAACCUUUUGUUGCCAGCCAAACUGUUGUGUUUCCCUGAGUAAGGAUGAGAGGGCAAAAUCUGCCACCAUUUCCCUGUUGGCAGCCAUCCAACUGUGGCUUUAAAGGGACAGUGACAUGAGUUGGAUGGAAAAUCAACUAUAUACUGGAUUUUACUGUCGACCAAAGCCUGCACAUUGUAUCGAAUAAUGCAGUUGUUUUCUGUUUAUUAGUAGUAAUCUGAAGUUGUCAAUAAAAUCUCCACAUCUCACCAUCACACUGUUGCCACAAUCACAAAGUCAACUGCCCACCUCACUGAAAAGAUUGUACAAUUUAUUAAAGUCUUCAAAGUGG